GGAGGAAGUGUUUGCAUAUUUGAAAAGAACACAAAUAAGCAAGGCACUUCAAGACUGCAAGACAUGAAAUAACUAAUGAGGAGAGGGGAGUGGAAAAUGAGUCAAGCAUAUGUAACUGCCCACUUCUGCUCCCUUGCCCGACCAGACUUUGAUCCUAUUCAGUAAAAACUCUGCAUUCAAGCUCGGCGUUGAGUAGGCCGCUAAUGCCUCGUGCGCUCGGCUCAAUAGCACAUCCAAAAAUCCAAAGUUCAGAAAAAAAAAAAAGUGCUGGAAUUUGAGAGCUGAUUAUUUGCAUUAACAUGCAGCCACAACUUCACCGACUUCCUUUUCAUUUUUUGCUCUUUCAUUUGAGUUGAUGCUCUUGUGCAAUCUCCUGGGAGCUUUGAGGUUGAGGCGUUGGACGCUGAAAGCUCUUGUUCAUGUCAUUCUGAAGGUGCUGUGUUGAUCACAACCAAGGCGUAACGAGAAAUGCUUCUGGAACAGAACUACUAGAACUCCGGGUGCUGUUAACCAUUUUGUGGAGAAAAAAAUAAAUAAAUCUUAAAAAUGGCAUUCGGUGACCUUCUUGAGCAAGUGGGCAGCACAGGCCGCUUCCAGGUGCUGCACGUGACCCUGCUCUGUACUCCAGUGCUACUGAUGGCCAGUCAUAACAUGCUGCAGAAUUUUGUGGCGGCCGUGCCUCCUCAUUACUGCAGCGCGCAUGCAAAUCUAUCUCAGCUCAAGCUCAGCCCGCAAGAAAUCUUGACAGUCACCGUGCCUUUAGACCAAACGGGCAAGCAUCAGAGCUGCCAGCGCUACGUUGCUCCACAGUGGCAUCUCCUGGGCAAGAAUGGCACUUUGGAACAAGAGGCUCCGGAAGACAUUGACGCUGAGAUUAGCCUCCAGGGAUGCACUGAUGGAUGGUCCUAUAAUAUGACUGGGAUGACCUCCACAAUCAUAGCGGAGUGGGAUUUGGUGUGCGAUCUGCGCUCUUUGAAGCAAAUGAGCCAAACCGUCUACAUGGGAGGUGUUCUUGUGGGAUCCCUUGUCUUGGGAAGUCUUGCAGACAAGUUUGGACGACGCUUCCUAUUGAUUAUUUCUAACCUGCUGAUGGCAGUGGCCGGGACGGGUGCCGCUUUCUCCACGUCCUUCCCCAUCUUCUGCCUGUGCCGCUUUGGUUGUGGAAUGGCUCUGUCAGGUGUGGGCCUCAACACUUUCUCACUCAUUGUGGAGUGGAUCCCGACCCGUGUGCGGACCGGGGUGGGCACUCUCACAGGUUACUGUUACACGUUUGGACAGUUGAUCCAGGCGGCUGUCGCUUACUUCAUUCGGGACUGGAGAUGGUUGACCUUGGCUGCGGCAUCACCCUUCUAUGUCUUCUUCAUCUACUCAUGGUGGUUUCAUGAAUCUUCAAGAUGGUUGGUCCUGAGCCACAACUAUGACCAAGCUAUCAAGAACCUUAAAAGUGUCGCUAAAAUAAACGGACGUCGCAAGGAGGGAGACAAAAUUGACAUUACAAUGGUGCAAGAGGCCAUGAAGAAAGAAAUGUCAUGCUCACAAGGCUCCUACACUGUUUUAGAUCUGUUCCGCACUCCCACGAUGCGGUCAAUGACAAUCUGCCUCUGUGCAGUCUGGCUCUCAACAAGCUUUGCCUACUAUGGGCUAGCCAUGGACCUCCAGAAGUUUGGUGUGGACUUCUAUUUAAUCCAAGUCAUCUUUGGGGCUGUGGACAUUCCCGCCAAAGUCGUCAUAACACUGACAAUGAGUUUCAUCGGACGCCGCCCAUCCCAAAGUGGUGCACUUAUUCUUGCUGGAAUCACAAUACUGAUCAAUCUGAUGGUACCUUACGAGCACCAGACGCUACGCACCUCACUAGCUGUUGUGGGCAAAGGCUGUCUUGCUGCUUCCUUCAGCUGCUGUUACCUUUACUCUGGAGAGCUCUUCCCCACCAUAAUUCGUCAGAAUGGAAUGGGCUGGGUAUCGAUGUGUGCUCGUGUGGGAGCGAUGGUGGCCCCCAUGGUGCUUCUGAGCGGUGACUACAUACCUUGGCUGCCGGGUUUGAUCUAUGGAGGAGCUCCCAUCAUCAGCGGAGUGGCUGCCUUAUUCCUCCCGGAAACACUUGGGUCACCGCUUCCUGACACAAUACAAGAUGUGGAAGACAGGGGCUCCGGUAAUGUCUCCAAAAUACCACCAAAGGAAGCAGCCAUUCGGCAAGACACCGAGGCGAAUCUCCUGAAGCAGGUCGUCUGAAUGUAUCAAAAUUGUACAACAAAAAAAUUGUUAAUGAAAAGUGAGUGGCUACUGCUGUUUUCUGCAGCCAUUCUUGCAGUGAUUUCACUUUAUUCGCUUCAUCUCCUGUAUGACUGCUGGGAUUAUGGAGGCUGAUGCUAGUUAUUGACAGGUCAAUCGUG